GGGAAGAUGUCCGGGCGCGGGAAGCAGGGCGGCAAGGCGCGCGCCAAGGCCAAGUCGCGCUCGUCGCGGGCCGGGCUGCAGUUCCCCGUGGGCCGCGUGCACCGGCUGCUGCGCAAGGGCAACUACGCGGAGCGCGUGGGCGCCGGCGCGCCCGUGUACCUGGCGGCCGUGCUGGAGUACCUGACGGCCGAGAUCCUGGAGCUGGCGGGCAACGCGGCCCGCGACAACAAGAAGACGCGCAUCAUCCCCCGCCACCUGCAGCUCGCCAUCCGCAACGACGAGGAGCUCAACAAGCUGCUGGGCAAGGUGACCAUCGCGCAGGGCGGCGUGCUGCCCAACAUCCAGGCCGUGCUGCUGCCCAAGAAGACUGAGAGUCACAAAGCCAAGAGCAAGUAAACCAGGCGGCGGAAGCGUCCGGAGCCCACAAGCGAAAUCCAAAGGCUCUUUUCAGAGCCACCCACAGCCUCAAGAAAGAGCUUGAAAUGCUGCGGCCACGGUGCCAGUGGAGAGGGAAGGGCGGCUGUGCUUGUCUCUGGCUCUGUAUGUGUGUGUGUGUGUGUGUGGUUUGGCGUGUGUUUGCCGUAGGCGGA